AUGGGGAAUGCAUGUUGGGAACUGUAUUGUCUUGAACAUGGGAUACAGCCAGAUGGCAUCAUGCCAGAGGAUGAAAGCGUUGGCCUAGAAGACGAUUCGUUCAACACUUUUUUCAGCGAGACAAUAUCCGGAAAACAUGUGCCAAGAGCUAUAAUGAUUGAUUUGGAGCCUACACCCAUUGAUGAGAUCCGCACUGGCACCUAUAAACAGCUUUUUCAUCCGGAACAGCUUUUGACUGGCAAAGAAGACGCAGCAAACAACUACGCAAGGGGUCACUACACCAUUGGCAAGGAGAUCAUCGACGUAUGCGUGGAUCGAAUACGGAAGCUAGUGGAAUCAUGUAGAGGUCUACAGGGUUUCCUGGUAUUCCAUUCAUUUGGUGGUGGAACAGGCUCUGGAUUUACAGCACUGCUCAUGGAACGACUUUCUGUUGACUACGGAAAGAAGAGCAAAUUGGAGUUUUGUAUUUAUCCAGCUCCACAGGUCUCAACAGCAAUGGUAGAGCCGUACAACUCAAUUCUCACGACUCAUACUACACUGGAACAUGCGGAUUGCUCAUUCAUGGUGGACAACGAGGCCAUCUACGACAUUUGCAGACGUAACUUGGAUCUAGCAAGACCAACGUACACAAAUCUGAACAGACUGAUUGCACAGGUGAUCAGCUCGGUGACAGCCUCGUUAAGGUUUGAUGGCGCGCUCAAUGUGGAUCUCACGGAAUUUCAAACAAAUCUUGUCCCAUAUCCACGCAUUCAUUUCCCUCUCACAACGUUUGCGCCAAUCAUUUCGGCAGAGAAAGCCUAUCAUGAGCAAAUGACGGUGAGCGAUAUUACACAGCAAUGCUUUGAGCCAGGAGCACAGAUGGUAAAAUGCGACCCGAGGCGAGGAAAGUACAUGGCUUGCUGUCUCUUAUAUCGUGGCGAUGUGGUGCCGAAGGAUGUCAAUGCAGCGAUUGCAUCAGUGAAGACGAAAAGGACCAUCCAGUUUGUUGAUUGGUCUCCAACAGGAUUCAAGGUUGGCAUCAACUACCAGCCUCCUACAGUUGUACCUGGAGCUGAUCUGGCAAAGCUACAGCGAGCUGUGUGUAUGCUCUCCAACACCACGGCUAUAGCCGAGGCAUGGGCAAGACUCGACCACAAAUUCGAUUUGAUGUAUGCGAAAAGAGCUUUUGUACAUUGGUAUGUAGGCGAAGGAAUGGAAGAAGGAGAAUUCAGCGAGGCAAGGGAAGAUCUAGCAGCUCUCGAAAAGGAUUACGAAGAGGUUGGUAUCGAUGCUUCAGAUGACGAGGGAGACGACGAGUACAGUCAAUAUUAA